AUGGCUACAAUUACACAGACAGCGUCAGUUCCUUACGUACAAGCUACUGAGACGACCGAGCAGCUAGAUUGGGCAGAUCUAGUAGCCUUGGACCUUUCUAAAUUUGAUAAGCCUGGGGGUAAACAAGAGCUUGCGGCAGAAUUCACAAGAGCAAUCGAACAAAUAGGCUUCUUUUAUGUCAUCAAUCACGGUCUUAGUCGGGAAGUUAUCGACGAGCAGUAUGCUUUGGCUUCCUCCGUCCUCGGACUAUCCAAGGAAGAAAAGGCACCAUACCGAGCAGCACUCGAGGCCGGCGACUUCAAUGGCUGGAAGCCAGCAGGCACGAGAGAGCUCAUUCCGGGCGUUCGGGACAAUUUUGAAAUCUACAACAUCCCAAAGUUCAUUCCCGAGCACGCGUCGCGACCGCAUCCCCAUGUAGUCAAAGAGAAUUGGGCGACAAUCGAGCGGUUCUCCAGAUACGUCAAUGAUGAAAUUGUCAGGAAACUUCUCGUCAUCUUCGCCUUGGCUCUUGGCCUCGAAGAUGAAGAGUGGUUCGUCAAGAAGCAUCGCUACGAGGAAUCCAGCGGUGAUCAUCUACGCUACAUGAAGUACUACGCGCGAGGCGAAGAGGAGAAUCGAAAGCUUGGUGGUGUCUGGUUGAAGGGACACUCUGAUAUGGGCAGCUUGACCUUGCUCUUCCGACAACCCGUCGCUGCACUCCAGGUCCUCACAAAUGAUGGGGCGUGGAAGUGGGUGCGCCCCCAGACGGAUGCCCUAACUGUAAACAUUGCCGACGCCCUGCAAUUCCUCACGAAUGGCUACCUGAAGUCCAGCAUUCACAGAGUCGUUGCUCCACCGAAGGACCAGGCACACAUCGAUCGGCUAGGGGUGAUCUACAUGGUUCGGAUAGAAGACGACACAGACCUUGUCCCAAUUAAGGAGUCGCCUGUUUUACAGCAGCGUGGGCUGACCGAGGGCGCCAUCCUUGGAAGCGAUGGUAAGCCCGUGAAGGCGGGAGAGUGGGUUAAGGAGAGGAUCAUCAAGAACAUUGGCAGCACCAGCCAGGCGACUGGAGACAAUGCGGUUGAUGAUCUCGAGAUCAUCAAGGGCGUCAAGACAAAAUACUUUGACUGA